AUGGUAUCAUUCGAAAGUUUAAUAAAUAAAAUAAAAAAGAAAAAAAAAUUAUUACCAAAAAAAAUAAAUAUAGGUAAUCAUAAUAAUAAUCAACAACAAUGCGAAAUUAAAAAAAAAUUUAUUUUAAUUUUAUCAUGGAUUCCACAAAUAACACCAGUUACUCCUGGACCAAGUUCAAUUAAUUUAGCUAUUGUAUUAUUAAUUAACGCUGUAAAGGAAGCAUAUGAAGAUUUUCGUCGAUACCAAAGUGAUAAAAAGAUCAAUAAUCAAAUUUGUAAAGUUAUAGAAAACAAUGUUAUAAUAGAAAAGUUUUGGAAAGACUUGGGUGAAGGUGAUAUUGUAUUAAUUGAAGACGGCCAACAAUUCCCAACAGAUUUAAUAAUUUUAGCUAGCUCAGGUGAAUCAUCUCCAGGCCAUUGUUAUAUAGAAACAAGCAACUUAGAUGGCGAAACUAAUUUGAAAUAUAAACAAGCACUAUUGGAAACCAAUAGUAUUUUAGUUGAAUCGAAUAGCAUCGCAACCAAUAACACCUCAUUAGAAUCAUUCCAAUUUUUUAAAGACAAUGAAUCAAUCAUCGAAUGUGAAGCACCAAGUGUCAAUUUAAAUAAAUUUGAUGGUACUAUUCAAUUAAAGAAUGGAGAUAUAUCAACAAAAUAUCCAUUAACCAUCGACCAGCUUUUAGUUAGAGGCACUACUUUAAUGUCAACUAAAUAUAUUUAUGGAUGUGUAAUUUAUGUAGGCCACGAAACCAAGUACAUGAUGAAUACUAUGAAAACCAGUUCAAAAAGAUCAAAGUUAGAGCUUACUAUGGAAAGAAUUUUAAUUUAUCUUUUGGGCUUUCAACUACUUUUAUGUUUAUUUUCAACUUUAAUGGGAAUGAAGGGCGAUAUUCAAUAUGGUGACUCUGCUUGGUACCUCCAAAUUGAACAUAAUAUCGGGUUUGCAACUUUUCAACGUUAUUUCACCUUCUUAAUUCUUUUCUCUACAAUUAUUCCAAUUUCAUUAUACGUAACCAUGGAAAUUAUUAGAUUCCUCCAAGUUAUCUUUAUAAAUAAGGAUAGAAAGAUGUGUCACCGUGAAAAUGGAGUAAAAACUUUUGCUUGUGCCAGAACCUCAAAUUUAAAUGAAGAGCUUGGGAUGGUAGAAUAUAUAUUUUCUGAUAAAACUGGUACUUUAACAAGAAAUGAAAUGGAGUUUAAAGUUUGUUGUAUCAAUGGAAAACAAUAUGGUAGUUUGCCAAUUUCGAGCGAAGAUAUUUUAGAAAAUGAAAAUUUAGGGAAUUCAAUUUCAAAUGAUCAACAAACACCAAAUAAUAUUAAUAAUAAUAUUUUUAAUAAUACCCAGACCGAUCUUCCCUUAGCAAUUUGUAAUACAGUCGUACCAGAACAUAGCGAUACAUCAUCCUCAUCCGAUAAAAUCAAAUAUUCAUCAUCGUCUCCAGAUGAAACCGCCUUAGUUGAGGCUGCCAGCAAUUUAGGUUUCAAACUAUAUAAUAGAACUUCAAACUCAAUUACAAUAAAAACUCCUCCAUCUGAAUGCUACCCAAAUCAAGAAUCUCCAUUUAAAACUUUUAGUAUUUUAAAUGUUAUCGAAUUCACAAGUAACAGAAAAAAGAUGUCAAUUAUUGUUAAAGAUAACACCACAAAUGAAAUUAUUCUCUACUCUAAAGGUGCAGAUUCAUCUAUUUUACCAUUAGUCAAGGAUGCCAAUAAUAGCUCAAGUAAUAAUUUAGUAGGUGAAGUAGAUACCAUUAUGAGCUCAACAAUCUCAGAUAAUAUUAUGGAAAAGACUAAAGAAAGUUUAAGAGUUUUCUCUGUCAAUGGUUUACGUACUUUAUGUAUUUCCAAAAGAAUUUUAACUACCGAAGAAUAUGGAAAAUGGAAUGCCGAAUAUAAAGAAGCCAGUUUAUCGAUGGAGGAUAGAGACGUAAAAAUGGAAGAAGCAUCAAAAUUAAUUGAAUGCCAACUAUCAUUAAUGGGCGUUACUGCUAUCGAAGAUAGAUUACAAAAAAAUGUUAAUAAUACAAUUUCAACACUUUUAAAAGCAGGAAUUAAAAUUUGGAUGCUUACUGGUGAUAAACAAGAGACCGCAAUUAACAUUGGUGUUUCAUGUUCAUUGUUAUCAGAUCUAGAGUUAUUAAUAUUGAACGAAUCAUCGAUUGAAUCUGAAAAGAAAUUUAAUUCAGAAAAACAGUUUGGUUUGGUUAUAGAUGGUAAUACUUUGGCUUAUAUUUUAUUAUCAAAGGAAUGUGAAGAUUUAUUUUAUAAACUUGUAAACCUUUGCAAAUCAUGUGUAUGCUGUCGUGUAACACCUUUCCAAAAGAGUGAAGUAGUUAGAAUUGUUAAGGAUCGUACAAACUCAAUCACACUAGCAAUUGGUGAUGGCGCAAAUGAUGUUAGUAUGAUUCAAAAAGCACAUCUUGGUAUUGGUAUCAGCGGAAAAGAAGGAAGACAAGCCGUUUUAGCAAGUGACUUUUCAAUUGCCCAAUUUAGAUUCCUAUCAAGAUUAUUAUUGGUUCACGGUAGAUACAAUUAUAAGAGAUUGUGUGUAGUAAUCUGUUAUUUCUUUUUCAAGAAUCUUUUAAGCUGUCUUCUUCAAUUUUGGUUCUCUACAAGUAAUCUUUUUUCUGGUACAACCUACUAUGACUCUUUAAAUACAAUGUUAUUUAAUUUAGUUUUCACUUCUUUACCAAUCAUAGUUUUAGGUGUAUUUGAAAGAGAUCUCUGUAGUAAAUAUUUAUUAAAACACCCUCAGCUAUAUCAAGAAACUCAACGUGGAAAAUGCUUUAACCAUAAGGUAUUCUGGAGUUGGAUCGUAUUAUCAAUCUAUUGCAGCGCAGUAAUUUACUUUUUCAGUUCCUAUAUUUAUAAUGAAAGUGCAACUGAUUGGAGCGGAAAAGUUGGGGGUCUUAGAAAUGUUUCAGCCUUUGCUUUUACUUGCCUUGUGUUUAUUGUAAACCUACGUCUUGCAAUGAUUAUUCAACACUGGAACUAUUUAAAUUUCAUUUCAAUUGGUCUCUCACUCUUUGCUUUCUUUUUAGUCGAAUGCAUUUAUUCGCUUGUCUACUCAUUCUUAGGCUAUCGUGGUGAAUUCUAUCAUGUUUUCUUAAAAGUUGUAGAACAGCCCAUAUUUUAUACCUCUUUGGUCCUAGUAAUAUUGGUAUGUUUGGUACCACCAUUCACUAUUAAAUAUAUCCAAAGAAACUAUCUCCCAGAACCAUUAGAUAUUAUUCAAGAAAUUUCAAAA